AAUAAAUAGGUCCUCUUUGUUAACAGAUCUACUAUGGGCGGGUUAUAUAAGAUAUUUUAUUCAACGAAAAUACACUAAAAAUAUUUUAUUGUUUAUAAUUGCAUAUUCCUCGCUUUCCUAAAUUUUUAAUAGUAUUUAACCUUUAAUUAUGAAAUCUGAAAAUAGAGUGAUCUCAGCUGCAAUUACAUUUGACAGUCAGCUGUUAAGUUGUUUCUGCUUUGAAAAAUCAAAUCUUAAUUAAAUGAAUAAAUAGCGUAACUAAAAAAUAUGAUUGAAAUAAAAGCAAAAUUUGUACGAGCAGAUUCUGCAAUAUAUGCUUCGGGAGAACGAGUGGAAUGUCUGAUCGAAUUUGCCCACCGCGGUCAUGACAAUAGAGAGGAGAACUUGGCUUGGGCGUCCGCGCAGCUGCAUUGCUAUCGAAAAACCAACUACAACAUAACUACAGGUGACAAAAUUAAUGAGUUAACGGAGCUAAUUGGUAAAACAGCAUUAGAUGCAGGAGCUCAAGCUAGUGGUGACAUUUUAAUAGCUACUAAACCGAAGAUAUUAUUUUGCGAUUUAAAAUUACUGCCGAGUGAAACGAAAAUCUAUUUUUUCAAUGAAAUUAUACCUCGUAAUGGUCCUCCCACAUAUCGAGGUCAUGACAUUAAGUACUUUUACAGAAUUACCAUAGCCACACAAAGAGUUAAAUCUAAAGUGCAAAUGCUUAGUGUGCCUAUACGAGUAUUACCCAUACCAAUCAUUGCACGGCCUGAUGAGAUGCACUGCACUGAGGAAACAAAUGACGAACUAGCUCCUACCAAUCCCUUUCUGGAAAAAAGAGAAAUUUCAGAGCUAGAAAUAUCAUGGCAUCACCUCAAAAAUGUAACUGCUCGCCGGGCGCCUAAAUAUUAUCGCAUAUCUAACAAGCGUGGAUUCGUUGGUCGCUUUUGCUUGUUUAAAUCAUCUUACAAAAUUGGUGAAGAUAUUGUGGGAAGCCUUGACUUUAGUGAUUGCAAAGUUCGUUGCGUUCAAUUUUCUGUGAAACUGCAGUCACAAGAAAUAUCCCUACAAAGUAAUGCAGACCAGUUAAAUUAUGAUGUCAAUGACGCAUCGUCGGUAAAUUCGCUGGACUUGGCAAGUAUUGCUAGCGGAACGGCAAUAGAUAACUUACACAAAUCAAAGACAUCUGGAAGUGCACGAAAUAUUGACGACGAGGAACAUAUAGGAAAGAUUAGCACAUUGGCAACAAUACAUCAAAUGUGCUAUGCAAUGUUAAAGACUUCUGUGAUUAUACCAAUUCCAUUACAUGUAACACCUUCAUUCCGUACUGAUUUGGUCGAGCUGCGAUGGCGUUUACAUUUUGAAUUUGUCACAAGCACAAUGAUGGAUUUCGGUAAACCUAAUCCAACAGAGGGAGAGCUCAAAGCCCCCUCGGAAAUACCCGUCGAAACAAUGGUGUGGAAUCUUCCAAUUGCUGCAAUAUAUGCUGCUAAUCCCCUCCAAAUAUAUUCCCCAAGCCAGACGCAUAGUCUAUUGAUUAAGUAAAUGAAACAUUCUUUUAAUGAUCAGAAUAUUUAUGAAAACGAAAAUACGUUAAGCUAUGUAGGGCAUACAUAAUUCAUUUAUUGUAAUAAUUUAGAAUGGAAUUUAUAUACUGAGAUGUUUACAAUAUUAAUUAAAAAUAAAUUUAAUUUGGAGAUUUUUGAAGUUAAUAAAUAUUUUCUGUCUCCGAUUUAA